CCUACUUUGCAUGUGGACCAGGACCUAGGUAAGCAUUCCCAAUCCGCAUUCUCCCCACUGUGUUUUUACACUUUAGUACUUGACCAGUACGACAGCCAGAAGGCGCAUAUUCCGAGCACCGUGCUGUUCGCUUGGGAGCUCCAGCCUCAGCUCUGGGUUGGACACAGCCACCCCGAAGCGCCAGGCUUGGGCCCUGGGUCCCGGCAUCUCCUCCCACCUCCAGCCCCUUUACCCCUCCUGGUUGUGAGAAGCCUAGAAAUCUCUCACGGCUCUUCCCGGCCGCGCCGGCUCUGUGGCCUAGUGCACCUGGGCCUGCCUGCGAACACCUUACGGUAUCGUCCAGCCCAACCCCGCUGUACACGUGGGGAGUCCGAAACCCAGCGGGAGCAGCGCGGCCCGAGAUAACCCAGCCCGCGGCUGGUGGGUCUCCCCUGCUUGGUGUCCCACGUCUUUGUGAGAAGUUGAGAUGGCCGAGCAUCCGGCUCUAUGGCUCCCAGGACUCAAUCCUGUACCUCUUGCGCUGGGGACUGUAGAAUUCGCGCCUGCGCAGAGCCUUCGGGAGAAGGUGCUUCGCGCCCGACCCCGCCCCCUUUGCCCUGGGCACGCGCGUCACCCGUUGCCAUGGAGACUUUGUUGUUUACCUUCGUCGUCUGCGAGAGCCGGGAACUGCAGUUGGGAUUAGGAGGCUCUUAUUCCGAGCAGGUGUAAUUGUUCUUCGUGGCGCUGCGAAGUCUGCCUUUGGUCAAAUGGCCAAACUACUCCAAGCUCCACCGAAGUUCCUGCCCUCCGAGUGGCACCUUGCUAACAAGAGCCAGUACCACAAAGCAGAGGCUGAAAGGUCCCGGUCUGAACGCCUGGUGGCAGAAAGCCAGAGGCUUGUGGAUGAAAUCGACAAGUCCACGAGAAAAUCUCAAAGCGAUGUGAACAAGAAGCUAGAACAGAGACUUGAGGAAGUCAAAUUCUGGAAGAAGGAGUUAGAUGACAAACUUGAGCAGCUUGUGUAUGCGACCGAAGAUCUACUUGCAUAUCAGACCAGAUUGCGGAAAGCCCUCGAGAGCCUGAAAGAGCCCUUGCACAUCACACAGAGGUGCCUGGAGUACAGGGAGCAGCGAGUGGGCAUUGACCUGGUGCACGAUGAAGUCGAGGAGGAGCUACUGAAGGAGUACGAGAUGAUCCAGGGGGUGAUAGCCCUGCUGACCCGCACCCUGGAGGAGACCACCGAGCAGAUCAGGCUGAACCGCUCUGCAAAGUACUAUCUCGAAAAGGAUUUGAAAGACAAGUUUGUGGCCCUGACCAUUGAUGAUAUCUGCUUCUCACUCAACAACAACUCGCCAAACAUCAAAUAUUCUGAGAAUGUCAUGAGGGUUGAACCAAACUCCGUGAGCCUGGAAGACUGGCUGGACUUCUCCAACACCAACGUGGAGAAAGCUGCCAAGCAGCGGAACAACUCCCUGAUGCUGAAGUCCCUGGUGGACCGAGUCCUGUCCCAGACGGCCAGCGACCUGCGCAAGCAGUGCGACGUGGUGGACACGGCUCUGAGGAACGGGCUGAAGGACACCAAGGACGCCAGGGACAAGCUGGCUGGUCAUUUGGCCAAGGUCAUGGAAGAGAUUGCUUCCCAGGAGAAAAACAUUGAAUUUCUUGAAAAAGCCAUCCUGGACCAAGAAGGGCCUGCCAAGGUGGCUCAUACACGCCUGGGGACCAGGACGUGCCGUCCUAAUGUGGAGCUGUGUCGCGAUAUGGCCCAGUACAGGCUGAUCAGGGAGGUUCAUGAGAUCACCAACAACAUUGCAAGAUUAAAGGAAACAUUAGCCCAAGCUCAGAUGGAGCUGAAAGGGCUGAACCGCCGACAGCUGGCCCUGCAGGAGCAGAUCCAGAUCAAAGAGAACACCAUCUACAUCGAUGAGGUGCUGUGUGUGCACAUGAGAAAGUCCAUCCCGCUGCGGGACGGGGACGACCACGGGGAGUGGGCCGGGGGCCUCCGCCCGGACGCUGUCUGCUAAAAGUAGGGGCCGCUCAGAUGCUCAUUAAA